AUGGAGGUGUGUGAAGAGUUCGCCCCGGGAAGGACGAACUACUCCGACCCCGAAUCCAUCGUCUUGACGAGAUGUUGGAUUGAUGUUUCGGAGGAUCCGGUGUACGCCAACAACCAGAAGGUGACUGCGUAUUGGGAGCGCAUCGCCGAGAAAUACAACGCGGCCAAGCCGGCAUACGCGUACAAGCGCCACAGGGAGCAGCUCCGCAAGCACUGGGAUCAAAUAAAGAAGCAGGUAAAUUUGUUCGCGAGGGAGUACGAGAAGUGCGAGAGGGAGCAGGGCAGUGGCGAGAGUCUCGCGGAUGUGCGGGACAAAGCGAUGCAGUCGUACAUUUCAUUGUACGGCGAUUUCAAGCACUACCAGUCCUGGGCGCUCUUGAGGGACAAGCAGAAGUUCGUUGGUGGUGUGAUUCCCCAAUCGACGACGGCGAGGAGGAGGGUGUCGAAGCGCACCUUCGCUGAUUAUACAAGUAGCGAUAGCGGCGCGUCUCCAAUGGACCUCAACAGUCCGGUGUUCGAGGAUGAGAGUUCCGCACACCGAUGUCCUCCCGGCGUCCCCCUGGCGUCAAGGCUGCCAAGGGCAAGGGCAAGGCCACAUCCUCCUCCGCCGCGCGCGCCCGACCAGGCCCCGUUGCCGACCCCGAGUUCGACGCCGUCCGCGACUUCGACUGCGGCCCAUGCCUACGCGGAUUUGGCGGCCUCAUCCGACUACAGGACGUUUUUGGACGCGCACACCGCCCUUGUCACACCCUAA